GCUAUUAUAAUAUCAACAAGCCACAAGGAUGCAGGGGCGGGCCUCUCCGAUGGUCGGCGCGGUGCUGGCACUUGCGCUUGCUGCGGGGACUGGUGCAGCCCUCUGUUGGUGGCUGCUUGAGCCACGAAAGCGUCAAACAGGAGGGACAGUCCGGCAGGGAGUGCUGGACCUUAUUGGGAACACGCCCCUGGUGCGGGUCGCCAGCCUAUCGGAGGAGACCGGGUGCGAGAUCUGGGUCAAGGCAGAGAUGCUGAACCCAGGAGGCAGCGUGAAGGAUCGGGUGGCGCUGCAGAUUGUGUCUGAGGCGUUGGCGGACGGUCGGUUGCGGCCCGGAGGGCUCAUUACGGAGGGCACAGCGGGCAGCACCGGCGUGUCACUAGCCAUGGUGGCGGCGGCGUACGGCUGCCGCUGCUCCAUCACCAUGCCGGACGAUGCGGCCAUCGAGAAGGCCAACAUGAUCCAGGCUUACGGCGCCUCCGUGCGGCGCGUGCGGCCCGUGUCCAUUGUGCACCCGGAGCACCCCGUCAACGUGGCACGGCGGGAGGCGGCGUCAACGCCGGGGGCCCUGUUCGCAGACCAGUUCGAGAACGAGGCCAACUUCCGCGCACACCUCAAGACGGGGGAGGAAAUAUGGCAACAGACGCAGGGGCGCGUGCAUGCCUUCGUGUCGGGCGCGGGCACGGGCGGCACCGUUGCCGGCGUGUCCACCGCACUCAAGGCCCGCAACCCUCGUGUACGGGUGUUCCUGGUGGACCCCCCUGGCAGCUCCCUGUUCAACAAGGUGAAGCGUGGUGUCAUGUACACGUCGGAGGAGGCGGAGGGCAAGCGGCUUAAGAACCCGUUCGACACCAUCACAGAGGGCAUCGGCAUCAACCGUCUUACUGCCAACUUCAACCGCGCCCUAAUCGAUGACGCGUUCCGGGGCACGGACAGGGAGGCUGUGGAGAUGGCGGCGUACCUGCUGCGGAACGAGGGCCUGUGGGUGGGCUCCUCAGCCGCCAUGAAUUGCGUCGGCGCUGUCAAGGCGGCUAGGGCGAUGGGACCCGGUCACACCAUCGUGACGCUGCUGUGCGACGGUGGCCAUAGACAUCUGUCCAAGUUCCACAGCAAGGAGUACCUGGAGAGCAUGGACUUGGCGCCUCGCGAAACGGAUCGCUCGCUUGCCUUCGUCUCCUAAGCUGCUGCGGUGCUUGGGCGUGGCCUUGUCGCUACGGAUCGCACUAUGUAGGUGUAGCGUGGUGUAGCGCGCAUGGCAGGUAUUUUGCCGUGUAGCUAUGCCGCGCCCCCGGUUUUGGAAGCGGGAUAGAGACACACUCCACGUAGUUUGAUGCCAGGUGGUACCGUGGCAUGAGCAUGUUACAUGUGGCUUGAAGUCCAUGCGGUGCGGCCCUACAAACAUGAGUCCAGCUGGGGGGAUGCCAUGCGGCGCCCGUCACAGGAUGGGUUCUAACAAACACCUUCGCUACAACCGGUAGUGACUUAAAUAAUACGCUGUAACUUUCACAUGUC